AUGGGUAAGCGAAAGCGCGCGGCGCGUGAUAACUCGUCCCAGAUCUUGCGUGAACAAGAGGCACAACACCCAAAUGCUGUGGCCGGAAAGGUCGUGAUUCCUCAGAAGCGCUGGUAUCGCCAGAGAGCACAUGCGAACCCAUUUUCUGACCACUCACUCGUGUACCCGGCGCAGCCUAGUGAAAUGGACUGGUCGGUACACUACCCCGAGAUGUGUGCGACUGACCUGCCUGAGAAACGGAAGGUCGAGUUCGCCGAUGUGGGAUGUGGCUUUGGCGGCCUUCUCAUGCGACUCGCUCCACUCUUCCCGGAGACUCUGAUUCUUGGCAUGGAGAUCCGCACACAAGUGACGCAGUAUGUGCAUGACAAGAUCCAUGCUCUACGUUUGGCACAUAAACAAUGUGUCUCGAAGGAUACCUUGGAGGCGAGUGUCGAGGCGGAGCCCGAAGGGGAGGACGAGGCCCACGAUGAGGACUCGGAGGAGCGCCGCCAGAAUGAGCGCAUGGUCCGUGAGGCAGGUCAUGUCACAGGCGGUUACCAGAACAUUAGCGUCAUCCGCACGAAUGCGAUGAAGUUCUUGCCGAACUUUUUCGAGCAUGGUCAACUGAGCAAGAUCUUUUUCCUCUUCCCCGACCCCCACUUCAAGGCUCGCAAACACAAGGCGCGCAUCAUUUCACCCACAUUGCUUGCCGAAUAUGCAUACGUGCUUCGUCCUGGCGGUAUUGUAUACACAGUCACCGACGUGCGUGAUCUCCACGAAUGGAUGGUCAAGCACUUGACAGCCUUCCCUUUGUUCCAGCGCAUCGCCGACGAUGAUCCCAUGCUGGCCAACGACCCAUGCGUAGAUGCUGUCAUGUACAGCACAGAAGAAGGCCGCAAGGUCGAGCGCAAUGCUGGCGAUAAGUUCUUUGCCGCUUUUGUGCGCCUAGCGGACCCCGCCGUUGGCGAGGAAUAG